AUGGAAGAUCGCGGAAAGGCGCGCGCGCAGUGGAUCGAUCGGGCGCACAUUUUCUUCCUCCACAAGUGCGCUGAACAAGCCGAGCCGCUCCGACACUUUCCUCCACCACCACCACCGUCUACAAUCAUGCUGCGUCAGAGUCUUGGUCUUUUGCGAACGGGUCUUGGGCGUCAGACUGGGCUCUUGCCAUCGCGCGCGGCCAUUUCGCCCUCUUUUCUCACAGUCUCUCGACUGCUUAGCACCGAAGCACGCGCCAAGAUCGACGGCGCCGUCAAGGCGAACCCGCUGGUGGUGUUUAUGAAGGGUACGCCCGAUAUGCCCAUGUGCGGAUUCAGCCGUGCCGUGAUCCAGGUCAUGCAGGUGCAGGGCGUCAAACCCGAACUGCUCAAGACAUUCAACUGCCUCGAAGACCAGGAACUCCGAGAGGGCAUCAAGGAGUAUUCCGACUGGCCCACCAUCCCCCAAGUCUACGUAGAUGGAGAAUUUGUUGGCGGCUGCGAUAUCCUCAUCAACAUGCACCAGUCGGGAGAACUCGAGGAGCUGCUGCUCAAACACAACCUCCUCCUCCCGCUCGAAGAGAACAAGGCCCAGGCCUGA